UGAAGAAAUAAGAAGGAAUAGGGGGGAGCUAGACAGCCUGCGGUGCCGCUUUGUGGACAACAACUCCCAUUGUUGGGCGGAGAGACAAGUCUCUUGUUGGUAUAUCCAUUAUCUUCGUUUGAAAAACAUCGUGUCGCAUUGGUAUGCGUUGAAUACUGCAUCGAUCUCCCGUCACUAGUUGGGUUUAGCAUUUUGGUAGGGACAUAGAAAGUAGCUAUCGUACCGGGAGUCGUGUUAGCAUCGGAAUUAACGGAGCCAUGGCGAAAAGUCUGUCCCUUGUUACUGUCAUUUUGUGUGGGUCUCUGAUCCCUUUCGUGACAGCUGGAGAGGACUGUGAAGCCUACCUAAAUGCCUUCGGCCAUUACCAGACCAAACGGGACUGCAGUACAUACCAGUGGUGCUGUGGAACGUGUGACAAUAGAUACUGCUGCAGUAGCCUGUCCCUCAGGCUGAGUGAGUCUGAACAGGACCACUGCAUAUUCAGUGGCAAUAUGAGCACUUUGACCAUCUCGUCAUUCGUAGUGACAGCUGUCAUCUUCAUGAUCAGUUUAAUCUGUUGCUGUGUGUGUCCCUGCUGCUGCUUGUACAAAAUGUGCCGGAAGCCCAGACCGGUGAUCUCCACGACCGCCCACACAACGGUGGUGAAUACCCACUACCCCCAGCAGCCCGUCCAGCCCUACCAGGGGGCCCCCCAGUACCCUGCCUACCAGACCGUGCCGGUCCAACCUGGGUAUGGGGUUCAGCCUCAACCCGGCUAUGGAGGUGGCCAGCCCACAGCACCAGGCUACCAGGGACAGCCUUUCCAGCCAGGACCACCCCCUCCUUACCAAGAGACUGGUCCAGCCUAUCCUCCUGCUAUCCCAGUGUCUUAUAGUCAGGCUGGGUUCAGUCCAGGACAGCUAUCUUACCCCCUCCAGGCUCCAGCCCAGCCUCAGCCAGCCUAUCCCUGUGCACCUCCCGCCCAGCCCGACUUCCUCUCUGCACAGCCUGCCUACAACCCUGCCUUCAUGGAGCCCCAGCCUCCCAAGACUGGCAACUGAAGAAGCUCCUCCCCUCCCAUUCUCCAUCCACCCGCUCUCGUCAGACAGACAGACAGACAGACAGAUGGGAAAGAAACAGACAGAUGGGAAAGAAACAGACAGACAGAAACAGACAGACAGACAGAAACAGACAGACAGACAGAAACAGACAGACAGACAGAAACAGACAGACAGAAACAGACAGACAGACAGAAACAGACAGACAGAAACAGACAGACAGACAGAAACAGACAGACAGACAGAAACAGACAGACAGACAGAAACAGACAGACAGAAACAGACAGACAGAAACAGACAGACAGAAACAGACAGACAGAAACAGACAGACAGAAACAGACAGACAGAAACAGACAGACAGAAACAGACAGACAGACAGAAACAGACAGACAGAAACAGACAGACAGAAACAGACAGACAGAAACAGACAGACAGACAGAAACAGACAGACAGACAGAAACAGACAGACAGACAGAAACAGACAGACAGACAGAAACAGACAGACAGACAGAAACAGACAGACAGAAACAGACAGACGGGACAGAAACAGACAGACGGGACAGAAACAGACAGACGGGACAGAAACAGACAGAUGGGAAAGAAACAGACAGACAGACAGAAACAGACAGACAGACACAGACAGAAACAGACAGACAGACAGAAACAGACAGACAGAAACAGACAGACAGACAGAAACAGACAGACAGACAGAAACAGACAGACAGAAACAGACAGACAGACAGAAACAGACAGACAGAAACAGACAGACAGACAGAAACAGACAGACAGACAGAAACAGACAGACAGACAGAAACAGACAGACAGAAACAGACAGAAACAGACAGACAGAAACAGACAGACAGACAGAAACAGACAGACAGAAACAGACAGACAGACAGAAACAGACAGAAACAGACAGACAGAAACAGACAGAAACAGACAGACAGAAACAGACAGACAGACAGAAACAGACAGACAGAAACAGGAAGGAAAGAAACAGACAGACAGACGGGAAAGAAACAGACAGACAGAAACAGACAGACAGACAGAAACAGACAGACAGAAACAGGAAGGAAAGAAACAGACAGACAGACGGGAAAGAAACAGACAGACUGGCUGACUGACUGGUGGGAUAGAAACUGGCUGACUGACUGGUGGGAUAGAAACUGGCUGACUGACUGGUGGGAUAGAAACUGGCUGACUGACUGGUGGGAUAGAAACUGGCUGACUGACUGGUGGGAUAGAAACUGGCUGACUGACUGGUGGGAUAGAAACUGACUGACUGACUGGUGGGAUAGAAACUGGCUGACUGACUGGUGGGAUAGAAACUGGCUGACUGACUGGUGGGAUAGAAACUGGCUGACUGACUGGUGGGAUAGAAACUGGCUGACUGACUGGUGGGAUAGAAACUGACUGACUGACUGGUGGGAUAGAAACUGACUGACUGACUGGUGGGAUAGAAACUGACUGACUGACUGGUGGGAUAGAAACUGACUGACUGACUGGUGGGAUAGAAACUGACUGACUGACUGACUGGAGCCAUACAUAGUCAUGAUCCGGUCAAUUCACUAAGCUGUUCUCACCUUAUCAAUAUGACUCUGACCUGUUCUCACCUUCAUCAAUAUGACUCUGACCUGUUCUCACACGUGGGAUUGAACUGAACUAUGGUUGUAUCCCAAAUUGCACCCUAUACGGUGCACUACCCUGGUCAAAGGUAGUGCACUACAUAGGGAAUAGGGUGCCAUUUGGGACCAAUCCUGUGUGUUGACUUUGUUUUAGGGCCAGGAGUUUUCCUGGUUGCCUCGUAACCUGUCCAGGAGACUUUGGUUCAGGGUAUAUUUAGGGCCUGGUCAAGCCUUGGGUUUCAUCUCAAAUGGUAUCUUAUUCCCUAUAUAGUGCACUACUUUUAACCAGGACCAAUGGUCAUGGCUGUGGUCUAAAGUGGUGCACUAUAUAGGGAAUAUGGUGCCAUUUGGGAAUAACUCCGGGCCCCUGUGUUAAGGGUACUGUCUCAUGUUAUUCUUGUUAGAGUAUGUUCAUUACAAACCACACGGAGGAAAACUACCUUGGUUUCUGUUGCAAAGCGUUUUUUUCCGAUGAACCACAACCCAGGAUGAAAUUAAACAUCUGUCAUUUCCAUCAAGUUA